AUGCUUUCUAAUCGAUCCAAAGUCCCAACCAACGUUUCUAGAAGCAGCACCUCACUUCGAGAACCAGAAGUUGAACGUAUUCAAAGAGAAGUCGAUUUAACUAUCAGAAAAUUUGAAGCAGAAAAGCGUGAAUCUGCAUAUCUAGAUGAGCAAAUAAAAGCUAUUGAAUCAGAGCUUACACAAACCAAAAAUCGUAUAAAGUUGCCACAAAUAAGCAAUGAUAAGUCACUUGAGCGGCAAUUAAACUUUUAUGAAAAACAAUUAAACUUACCAUUCACAGCUAAAAAAUGGAAUUUUCAUAAUUAAAGGAAAAUAAUAAAAAAAAUUAGUCACAAAAGAGUUAGAAAUUGACAAAUUAAACAAUGAAUGUAUUUCAAAUAAAGAAGUCAGAGACAAAAUUGAAUUUUAUAGAAUGGAUCUUCAAGCUUGUCAAAAAAAUAUUGAGAGCAUGUCAGAAGAAAUAAAAAAAUAUGCAGAUGAAUCAGAAAAACUGUUCAGUGAAUAUGAGAAAAGUGCGGAACAAGUGCAAAAACAUCACAGACAAUUAGGAGUUUUACGAAGUAAAAGCGCUCACCAAAGAAAUGCUUAUAGUGAUAGAGUAAGUAGUCUUAUGAGUUUUAUUAAAGAUAGCCAACAAUCUCAAAAUAAGUCAUUUCAAGAGCUGGAUUCUUUUUUUAAAUAUCAAGCUUUAAAACCUUUAGAAGUCAUUAAUUUAACCAAAAUUCUAUCAGUUUUAUUAUCCAAAUGAAGAAAAGCUAUAAAAACUCAGACAAAAGCCUAUGAAGACUACAAAAAACAUAUAAAAACACUUCAAUUUCAUUUCCAUCAAAUAACAGAAGCCACUGGAAUUGAGAGCUUUGAAGAUAUGGUAACUUCUUUUAUUAAGAGUGAAGAACAAAAUUAUGAGGUUUAUAAAUAUGUAAAUGAUUUGAAUGCUGAAAUUGAUGCAUUAGAAGAUUCUUUAAAGCGAACUACUAAAAGAAUAAAAUCAUUUGAGGAUUCAAAAGAAAUAAGCGACAAAAACGACAGUGAAAUCUCAAUUAAAAUCAAAAAUAAAUUAGAAAACUUGAAUGAAAAAUCAAGAGUUAAAAUAAAUGAAUAUGAAGAAAUUCAAAAUUUGUUAGAUUCUUUGCUUCCUGUUUUGAAGGUAAGAGUUAUAUAGAAAAUUAUUGCUUUAUUUGAGAGCUUAAAUAUUCCAUAUCAAUUAAAGCCAAAUAUCAAUAUCUCAGAAAUCACAAAUUUAACUGAAGAUUCUGCAUCUUUAAUGCUGGGCCAGAUAGAGUCGUGUUUUCCUUAUAUUCUAAUCUUUACAUCUGAUGCAAAAUAUCCUUAUUUAGAUCUUCUCAAUCCAAAGGAAUUUGAUACCCAGUCUAUAAAUAUCUCAAAUCUUGAAAUUAAAGAUAAUGUAGAUGGUAUUGAAGAUAUAAAAGUUCCGCUUCCUCUUACUGACCUGAAGCAAAAAGCGAAAAUAAUCCUUGAUAACCAAACCUCAGCUACUUCUCGAGCUAAUUCAAGCAUAUCUUUGCCUAAAAUUUAA